GUAGAAGAAUAGUAUUUUACACUUGCUGCACGAGAAAAAUCCCACCAGCCUUCCAACAGGAUCGCACCAGCGGAAAUACUUUGUUAGUGUGUUACCCCAAGUCUUGGGUUCCAAAUGAGAUAAUUCGAAAUCAGGAUCUCACAUUCUGCCAGCCAUGCCGAUAAUAGUUGACCCCCUUCGACAAUUUUUCGAACAGUUCGACUUUGAGAGAUACACCUACGACCCGGAUGCACCUGCGCACGAAGAAUUUGAUCGCCUCUGCGAAGCACGGCAGUGGGGCUCCUCGAAGAUCAGACGCUACAGGGCUGAAUUCUUGCUUGCGCUUCCUGAAGAGCAAGAUCCCCUUUCUCAAUUUUUCGAACAAUUCGACUUUGAAAGAUACACCUACGACCCGGAUAUACCCGCGCACGAAGAAUUCGAGCGACUCUGCGAGGCACGGCAGUGGGGCCCCUCCAAGAUCAGACGUUACAAGGCUGAAUUCUUGCUUGCUCUUUCUCAAGAGCAGGAUCCCCUUUCUCAAUUUUUCGAACAAUUCGACUUUGAGAGAUACACCUACGACCCGGAUAUACCCCCGCGCAAAGAAUUCGAUCGUCUCUGCGAAGCACGGCAGUGGGGCUCCUCCAAGAUUAGUCAUCACGAAACUGAAUUUUUUCUUGCUCUCUCUCGAGAGCUAGAUCGGAGCGGAAGUUCAGUUGGCAUCGAAGUCAUAAAGUUUUUCAGAAGAUACGAAUACUCACUAUUCACCUACGACAUAGAUGAGCCUGUGCAAUCCGAAUUUCAACGUCUUGUCGGGCUGAGGGGGUGGGGGAACGCGAGACUCUCGAAGGUCACGAGAGAAUUUAAUGACGCGGUGGCAUUGGAUGCGAGGGGGCAAUCGGGGUACAGCACCUCGGAGCCUACAACUUCUGAAAAUCCGGGGACCCUAGAGGAAGAUCUUCUAGCGGAUUGGCUGAGGGCUCGGGAGUGCCCUGGGUAUGAAUACUCGGGUGACCUGCACGAACUUGAAUUCAAGAAACUGGCUGAUGCCAAGAGACGAGAGUGGUUGCGGUGUCUGAGUCUUGAACGUGGGAGGCCUACGAGCAUAGAGGAGCGUCGGGGGUGGAAAAUAUCUCCUGAAUUCUUGAAAUUGCGCAAUGGGUUCUAUGCGGUUGUAGAGAAGGUAUUCAAUUUGCAACUCGGUAAUUUCUGCAGAGUUACCGGAUUAACGCCCUGGCAAGUAUUUGUCGAGCUAUACGGCAACGGACAGCAAAAUGUGGGAAAGCGAGACGCAAAAACGAUUCUUCACAGGGUCUUCAUCAAUAUAUUCGAUUUUCUGGAUGCCUUCGGGGAGACUCUCAAAAACCCACGCACAACUAACGGGAAAAAGGCUUUGCGCAAACUUAAGCCGCUCGCCAGGGAGUUGCAAUUUCCGAGCAACCUGAUGCUAGGAGUGUACAGCGCUCUGACGAAUCGCGUAUUCCCCAUCGACGUGGUCGAUAGACAAGGGACGCUCGUUUUAUUACUUCAACCUAUAAAGGUUUAUUUGCGAAGUUUUGAUGAUGUUAUGCGCGAGUUUGAGGAAGAGGCUGUAGAUGAACUGCAAGAAGCGGAGGAAGAAGGGCGGGUUGGAAUAAGGAGGUUGCUCCUAUCAAGAGAAUGGGAUUCCUUGGAUUCUCUAUAAUCCGAGCUGUCAUCUGCUCUUCUAAAACUUCGAGGUUGUAUGAUUCCAGGAGUGUGCGCUGCUGUUGAUGAGGGAGGUGCUCGGGGCAAGGGUGCCGUGGUGGAAAGUUGUGGGGAUG